GCCCGCGCGGGGGUGCGCGGCGGCAGCGACGUCUGGGCGGUGCUCGACGAGAUGGGCGCCGCAGGGCUCAGCCCGAACCAGGUCACGUGCUCCAUCCUGCUCAAGAACCUCAGCGCCCGUUCGAGCGACGAGGACAUCUCCAGAACCAUGCGGCUGAUCGAGGGCGUUGAAGCCCCGAUGGACGAGGUGCUGCUGUCCUCCGUGGUGGAGGCGUGCGUGCGCAUCGGCAGGAUCGAGCUGCUGACCAGCACCCUGCAGAAGCUGACGGAGGGUGGGUCCGUCAUCACGGGCUCCCACACCUUCGGGAGCCUGAUCAAGGCUUACGGCCACGCCCGCGACAUCGACGGCGUGUGGCGUUGCUGGAAGGAGAUGCGUUGCCGCCACGUGCGCCCCACCAGCAUCACGCUCGGCUGCAUGGUCGAG